CCUAGAUUGCUGCAGGUGUUGGGCCAAUGACCAAGCUGUGGCCGCUUGUUGCGCCGUUUCCCAUCACCACUUGCCUGUAGCAGCUGUAACUCUCUCUCCUCGGUCUCUCUCUUCUGCAAAGGUGAAGCGCGCGACUAGAAGUCAAGAUGGCGUUUGGUAUCCUCGAGCCAAGCUCGGGGGAAAAGGUUCCAGGCACAACACAUUUCUACGAUGACUCUUCUCAGCCCCAGACAGCGUCGGAGCAGGACACGGUCAGGUUGAAAUGCGACACCAGCGGCAAGACGCCCAUCAUCCUCGUCCCCCAGCCUUCGGACGACCCCAACGAUCCUCUCAACUGGCCCCUAUGGAAGCGCGACCUCGUCACCUUUACCCUCUGCUGGGCCGGCGUCCUCGCCACGUCGCUGGGCCCCAUCCUGGCCGCAAACACCGUCACUCUCUCCCAACUCUUCUCAAAGACCUUCACCAAGGUCGCCCUCCUGACGGGCUACUUUCUCCUCGGCGCCGGCGCCGCUGCCAUCUUCUUCGUCCCCUCUGGUCGCGUCUGGGGCAAGCGCCACCUCUUCCUCCUCGGCAUCCUCAUCAUCAUCGCCUCGAGUGCUUGGGCCGGGUCCACGGGGACAAACUACGGCAGCCUGCUCGGUGCUCGUGUUCUUCAGGGCGUCGGAACCGCUCCGUAUGAAAGCCUGCUCAAUGCAGCCGUUGGCGACAUGUACUUUGUCCACCAGCGAGGAGUGCGCAUGGCGUUUACCAACCUGGCCAUCUUUGGCGGCGCCUUCUUCACCCCAAUCGUGGUCGGAAAGAUCACAGAUGCUUUGGGCUGGAAGUGGACUUUCUAUUUCGUCUCCAUCUUCAUGGCUGCCACGCUUCCCGCAGUCUUCUUGCUCUGCCCGGAGACGGCGUAUCGCAGAGACACCAAGCUCAACACAGACACCAACGCCGAGGGCGAGGAGGAGAUCAAGCUCCAGCCGCGCAUUGCAACAAUCAGCAAUCCGCCCUCUGAUGAGGAAGAGCUACCGAAGCAAAGCACAGGCUUCGUCCUCUUCCCUACUUCGAGAGCGCUCCAGCCCAUCGGGAAUGCCAGGACUCCCAAGAAGUCAUUCGUCGAAUCUCUGUCCCUGUUCGAUGGUGCCAAGACAGAUGAACGUUACUGGGUGCUGCUGCUCCGGCCGUUCCCUCUCAUCUUUAACCCUGCCUUUAUCUGGGGUUGUCUGAUCCAGGGAACCAUGAUUGGGUGGACCAUCUUCAUUGGUGUUCUCGUUGCCGCCAUCUUCAUCGGACCGCCCUACUUCUGGGGAGAGGUCAAGGCCGGCUACGCCUACACAGGUGCCUUCGUCGGCGCCCUCUGCGGCUUUGCCAUCUCUGGCCUCCUCGCUGACUCCAGCGUCAAGUACCUCACCAGGAAAAACCACGGUGUCUAUGAGCCCGAGUUCCGCAUCCUGCUCGUCAUCCCCAUGCUCAUCGUCGGUGGCAUCGGCUUGUUUGGGUUCGCAUUGACAGCCGGCAGUGUCAUUUCUGGCGAGUUUAGCUACAUUGUACCACUCGUCUUCUUCGGCUUUGAGGUCGCUGGCAUGGUGAUUGGUGCCGUCGCAAGCUCCUUGUACAUCGUCGACGCGUAUAGAGAUCUCACCAUCGAAGGCUUCACUCUGAUGAUCAUUUUCAAGAACAUCUUUAGCUUCAUCCUGACCUUUUUUGCAUACGACUGGCUCAUCACUGGCGGCAUCAAACACACCCUGGUAGCCAUUUCCAUCGUUCAGGUCGUCGUAUGCGUCAUCAGCAUCCCCAUGUAUGUAUUUGGUAAGCGCUGUCGAGCGUUUUAUCAUCGCAAUGAUUUGCUGGCUUUGACUGGCUUGCGAUGAUGACAUUUGCGCCCAUGCGUGUCGUUGUAUUUCGUUGCUUUGUUUAAGCGCGUGUGAGCAAUGAGAACCAUUACUGUGGUGAGACUGAGCAGUAUUCGCACAUCCGGGGUUUUUCUUUUACGGGAUUAUUAUGGGAAUUAUGUCUGAAUGAUACCAAAAAGCAAUGGUGCUAUGCUGGUGUAUGGGAUUGUAUUGCUUUUUAUUAAUACUAAUUGAUCAAGCUGUUUAUUACGUACGGUUAAUGGAAGGAGAGGGGUGUGGAAGGACUUUUAAUACGAUGCCGAGGAUGGGAAAUAGUAAUCCAAUUACAUGUGAACACUC